AUCACGCCAAGACGUCCACCAAGACCGGAGAGUGAAAAGGAACGUAGGAACAGCCAGCGUCUGAGCGCACAGUUCACACACAUGGGUCACCUUCCAGGUGCUUCACCAGAGAAUUGUGACUCGGGAGAUGAUGACGGGCCGCCACCUCUACCAGUGAAACAUUCCGAAAACAGCAAGCUGAGCUUUGACGCCCCACCACUUCCUUCCCGCCAGUCCCUCACUCCAACAAAAACUCCUCGCAAGUCUAAGCCAUCUGUGAAGGCGUCUCAAUCUUUGGAACUGAACUCCAACCCCCUUGAAACUGCCCCACCUCUGUUACCAGAGAAAAUCACUCCAAGCCGAUCUUUUGAUGGUGAAAGUUUGUGAUAUAACAUUAUCUUGAUAGUAUAGUUAUGUAUAUUGUGAAUAAGAAUGAAUUGAAAUGCAGGCAUUUCACUAGAAUAGUUUUAUUUGUAGGAGGACUGUAGAAACACAUUACACGCCUUAAGUUUUUAAAACUAAAAUGCAAUCUAAUUUAACAAAGGAAUAUAGAUUGUUAAAUACAUGUAGUUGCUAUUAUUUGUAAUGUCAUUUUUUAAUGUUAAAAUGUAAUUUUAACAGUGUUCGGCAUUUGUGAAAGUUAAUAAAUGGGGUUGAUAGAAAAAUAUUUUAUUGUGAUAAGGGCUUUUUAGUCAGAUGUAUUUAUUUUGACUUUUUGGAAUAUGAUAAUUGAUCAAAAUGUUGUUUGUUCAGAAAUGUUUAAUUUAUGUAUGGUAUGAUGGAAUGAUUGGAGCAUUUUUAUCUAAUUAGUCUUUGAUCAUUUAAUGUGUAAGGCACUAAAAUGGAUUCUUCAUUGCAUGACAUCAUCAAACUUUUCAUAGACUACUGAUAUAGACGAUUUAACUCUUUUAACUGCUGCUAACUAUGCUCACCUUUACACAUGAACUAUUUUAUCUUGUUCAGUAAGCUUGAUCUUCACAUGCUAAGCUUCUUCAAGCUUUUAACCUGAUUUUCAUUUCCGAGUGUCAAAGAUGAACCCUGGCUUUAAUUCAAAUUUGUGGCAUACUAUUAUUGUGAAUUCACUUAAUUUCGUGGGCAUGAAAUUUCGUGGUUUUGUCACAGAAUAUUUUUGUGGGUUCUUAAAUUUGUGGAUUGUCUUUUUUUCUAAAAGGUAAAAUGUAAAUAAUGUGGUGCAAAAUAAUCUUACAGCAGACAAAAUAAAAUUUUGUUGGAUGUUAAAUUCGUGGAUUGACCUUUCCAAGAGAAGCCCAAAAAUUAGUGCCCCACGAAAAAUAAUGAUUUCAUAGUACAUUUGUACUUGAAAUUUGACAGACAAGAUAAUCAGCUAUCAAUCUGGGUAAUCACUACUGAUAUGUUAAGCCUGAUUCUGUACUAGUGUAUUGUGACAUUUGCGUUUCUACUUCUGCUUAAAGAGUCAGGUAAUAGACAAUUCUAAGUGUCCAUUAUUCUUUUGAUAGUAAUUGAAACAAAGUUAAGGUAUUUUUGUAUGAGUUACUGUGUUCAUUUAGAUUUUGUUAUGUGAAAUUGCAUUUGCAAGUACUGUUCAUUUAUUUUUUAAUGCUAAUGAAACUUCACAGAUUAAAUGUACAGUCAUUUAACUGCAUUUCUAUUGAGGUGCAGAUUCUUUUGUACUUUGAGGGGAAAAGAGUAAAAAGUAUUUAUACUAGUUUAUUAUUGAUUACUUUUUAAUAUGCUUCUUCAUAGAAACAAUGCCAGGUUAUGUUCAACUUAAGAUUUCUGACCAACUUUGACAUUCCAUAUUAUACCUAAUAAUUCACUCCAGCUUGCACAGGGAUUUCUGGGAUCAAAAUACUUUAUUGUUUUAUCUUUGUUUAAUAUUUAGAGACAGAACUAAGUCUAAUUUCCAAGAUACACAUAUGUUUUUUCAAAGUUUAACUGUAUAAAAUGUACAUCAAUUCACUCAGAAAACACAGAUUUGAACACUUACAAAUUUGUUUACUCAAUGGCGAAAUGUCAAAAAUGUUGAAUGUUAACCAGUAUCAAAACAGUACAAAUGUAUUUCAUUUUCAAUGUCUGCUGAGAACUUUUCAGUCUGAUAACCUUUGACCUGUGUGAUUGAAUGCUAGCUUUCAGCUUUUUCAUGUUACGACCAGUUUUCAAUUUUCACCAAUUAAAGAAACCAAUUACUGUAUUUCAUAUGAUAAUUGAAAUGUAAGGAUGACAUUUAAAGUGUAUGUAUAGUACAUGAUGACUUGUUGUAUCUAGUCAAUGUGUUUAUGUGUAUACAAUAAAAUAAUGAAAUCUAUUCAGGUGUGAUUGUAUGUUUAAGAAGUGACAUAGUCUGUUAAUAUGUGAUUACAUAUGAAAGCUGCCAUGAGAAAACAACCAUAUGAAAGCUGCCACGAGAAAACAACCCUUGACGUCAUUUUACAAAUGACAUCAGCAAAGUUAACGUUGUCUUUGAUGUUAAAAAAAGGGAAUUACCCUUGAAAACUUAAAGAUAAAUAUGAAUAGUUAACAAUAAGAAAAUUAAAAAAAUUAAAAUAUUUAUUUCAAGAACUAUAGAAUUGUUAAUAUGUCAAUUAAAAAAGGUAAGUGACAUUAAAGGGUUGUUUUGUCAUACAGGCAGUCAAUUAUUAUAAUGGUGUUACACAGUCUGUUUAAAGAUGAACUUCCUAGUGUGAGAGGUAUGCAGUUUUCUUGAGUCAUCACUGAAAAAAAGAACAUUUAAAAUAAAACAAUUUUUUUUUUUGGUGAAUUUAAAUUCAAAAUUGAGAUACUUGUUCAUUUACAUUGGGGAUUUAAAGUAUUUUAGGAUUUUGAUGUAUGUAUGUAAUUAGGCAUAAAUAAGGGUAUACUUAGCUGCCAAUCUUCUUUUUGUUUUUGUUCAUUUGUAUAUGCUUGACAGUUCUUGUUAUAGAUUACGAAGGGAGUUAAUUAUAUUAAUAUUUAGGGUAUAUUUUUUCAGCAGUAGCUUCCCUUUAUUGAGUCAGUUAUUUUGUUGUUGUUUUUUUUACAUUUUAUUUAUUUCAGAAUUCAUAAAAAUUGUGCUUGAAUGGCAUGGAGUGUUUCUAAAAUCUCAUAUUAAUUUUGUUUUAUGUAUCAAACAUUUAUGUCUAUAUUUUGUACUUUUUUGUUAAAAAAACUUAUAUUUCAAAGACAUUGUGCAAAGUUUGAACUAUUGAAAUGCUUUCUUUUCUGUCUUUGAAUUAUUCAUGUCAUAUUCUGGAAUCAUUUACAUGUAUGUAUGUUCAUUGUUUUUAAAGUAAAGAGGGUAUUUUCUAGUUUGUCUUUGUAGAAAUGUUUUAUGUAUUUAAAGUCAUAUAAUGUUUUCCACAGAUCUGCAAUGUUUUUGUUGUUUGUUUGUUUUGUUUUUUGUGCUUUUUUCAUAUAAGAUAAUUAUGUGUUGCCUUUUUGCAUCAGUCAUUGACUUAAUUAAAAGAAAAUGUGUAUUUAGUUUUGGAUAUAUAUUUGUAACAUAAUGUAUAUUACAAUAAUACUUGUUAGUAUGUACAAGUGUUAAUAAUGCAAUCUCAAUUUGUAAAAGAAAGAUUAUUAUAAUUCUUAACCAUUAACUGGCUGGAACCUAAAGAUACAGUAGGCUUAACCAUUAGUAUAAUAGAGCCAGGCCAGCCUGUACAUCAGUGCAGACUGACCAGGCUCUCCUGUUAGUUGACCUACUUUUAAUGUGGCCUUCAGCUUUUAUUAUUAUUUUAUAACAAUUCAGUGUUGUUUCAAACUAAGUAUUUCAGUAAUUCUAAAUGGAAUAAUGCGUCAUAUCACUGCUAAGUCUACUUCAAAAAAGCAUCCGUGAGCUAUUUAUAACAUGUCAGUGACGUUCGUUUCCAAAAAUAGAAGAUCAGGGAAACAAAUCAUCUGCUUUACUAAUUUAAAUAUAGAGAGCAGAUGAUUAGAGGUAUUAAGGGGUUUCCUUAUUGUCAAUGUAUUUAUUGUAGGCAUGCAUCAUUUUACACCUUAUUACUUUUGAUUUUACAAUUAAAUGAAACGAUUUACCUUAGGAAAAGCUGAAGGCCGCUUUAAGUUACUAGAAUUGAUAAUUGACAGUUCAAACAAAUUCAGUGAACAGCUUGACAAGAUCAUUCAAGGAAUUCAGUAGGUUAAAGGUUAAGUAUGAACAUGAUAAAAUUGACACCAAAUGUUGUUCAUGAUGUCAUGUUAAAAUGAUGUUGUUUUUGUUUAUUUAUAAGGAACACUAGAAUUUUAAUGAAAACCAUUUAAAUUUGUUAUGAUAGUGUAUCUUAUAUAUCUAUUUUAUAUACUUUGUACACCAAUUAUAAUAGUGCUUAUGUAGUGUAUCUGAUGGUGUCUUGGCUAAUGAGAUAAGGCUACUAAUAUAAAGUGGCUUGACCCAUUCUGCUAUUGAUGCAAACCCGAAAGUGAACAGAUUUAGUGCCACAUUGUUUUGAUGUUUUGAAGAUUUUUGAAUAUCCCACCAAACUUUUUAUAAUGCAAAGUAUCAACUUUCUAAGUUUAUAUACUAAACAUAAAAAUGCUUCCAUUUCAUGAAGUGUGUUGUCUGUAUUGUACAAACAUCUGCUGCAGUAGAUUCCAAUGUUGUCUGUUGCACAGAUAUAUACAUGUCUUGUGCACUGGUUUGUAUAGGUUGUCCGCUGCACAGAUAGAAUCUAUGUACAUGUGUAUGUGUUUGCUGUACAGAUUUGUACCUGUUUUCUUGCAUAUCAGACAGGAUUAUCUACCGUUUACACCAGUGUUAGAAAACCCCCUCAUGUAAGACAAAUCGCGUGCUUCAAAUGACGUCAUUGCCACGAGACAUGUUCAUACGCUACUAUAAGAAAAAAGAGCGUAAUGAGAAUAUCAGUUUUCGUAAUUUCUGUUCUAAAAAUAAUUGACAUGUGAUAUGCAAGAAAAAGAAUCAAACACCGGCUGUUGGUACAGACAUGAAUAUCUAGCUCAAGGGUAACUGUUAAGCGGAAACUUGGCAGAGCCUCGUUACCGCCGUAAACAGUUACCCUCAAGCUAGAUAUUCAGGUCUGUACCGGUAGCCAGUGUAAGAGUCUAAAAGUCUGCAGCACAGAUAGAAUCUAUGUACGUGUCUGCUGCAGAGAUUUGAACAGAAUAUCUGUUGCACAGAUAUGUACAAUUUCAUUUUUCUGCUGAACAGAGAUAAACAUGUUGUCUGCAGAACAUAGAUGCACAUGCCUGAUGCAAUGGAUCCUUAUGUCAACACUUGCUUAGAUGUACAUUGUUUACUGCUGCGAUACAUGUACUAGUACAACAUUUACUGGUACAACAUGUUUGCUACGACUAUCAAGUUGUAUGUAACUAUUUUAUGGUGCUUCAUGGUGCUUCUCCACACAUUCCCUUAUUUUCUACUUUUACAUGUACAUAUAUUUUAAAUCAAACAUAUUGUUGCUCACUUAGUGUUGUAGGCUUAUUUUCUUUGCUGGACUAUAUUUUUAUUCUUAAACACAAAGGAAAUUAUGUUUCAUGGUAGUUAAAUGCAUACACUUGUUAAUUAUAAGCAAUAUUCAUUGUUCAUUUGAAGAAAUACAUAUUUUGAGAGGUAAUGAACCUUUAAGGAAAUGAGCUUAUUUUCAUAUAGACAGAAUUAAAACUUUGCAGCAUCUUAGAAAAUGAAAAACAGAAAAAAUCUUUAACAUACAUGUACAUGUAUUUUUGUUAAGUUCAAGGACAGAUAACCCAUAAUUAAGCCAAGCAUGGCCUUAUUCUGUCAAGGCAUAGUAAAAAAAAACAUAUUCAUUUCUCUCAUUUCAUGUAUAGAUGUGCAGACAUGAAUAAAUGUACAAUCUGUGUACUUUGUAUGUAGUUAUGUUUUGUUUAGUUCAAGUUUAAAAUUUAAUGAAGGGUCUGAGGUAGAUGUUAUUAUCUAAACAGAUACCAUUUUUAGCUCGACUUUUCUAUGAAAAGGGGAGCUAUCCUACUCGCCCCGGCGUCGGCGUUGGCGUCACACCUUGGUUAAGUUUUUCGUACCACCCCACUUUAUUUCAGAAGUAUUACAAGUAUGGCUUUGAAACUUACCAUACUUGUUCACCAUCAUAACCUCCAUCUACAGACAAGAGUACAUAACUCUGUCAAGGUUUUUGACAGAAUUAUGGCCCUUUUUUGACUUAGAAAGUGUAUUGAGCUUGGUUAAGUUUUUUGUACCACCUCACUUUAUUUCAAAACCAUUGGAGGUAUUGCUUUGAAACUGACCAUACUUGUUUACCAUCACGACCUUCAUCAACAGACAAGAGGACAUAACUCUGUCAAGGUUUUUGACAGAAUUAUGCCCCUUUUUGACUUAGAAAAUACAUUGAAUAUGGGUAAAAUCCACUUAUUGCCUUAACCCUUUGAGAUAUUGCUUUGAAACUUUUAAUGCUAUUUCACAUCAUUACCCCCAUCUGUACGCAAGAGAAGGUAACUCUGUCAAGGAUUUGUUUUAAAAAUUAAGGCCUUUUAUCGACUUAGAAUCUUGGUUAAGUUUUUAGUACCAGUCCACUUUUUGACUGAACUGUUUGAGAUAUUAAUUUGAAAGUUGGAAUACUUGUUUACAAUCAUGAUUCCCAAACAUGUCCAGGAGAAGGUAAUUCUGUCAAAGAUUUUAUUUGAAUUAUGGCCCUUAACUGUCAAUGUUUUGUAUUAUAGGCAAGCACUAAAAAACUUAAAAAAUCUAAAAAAAUUCAUUCCUAUCCACUUGUUCACUUUACCAUAAAUUAUGUCAUAAUAAAAUAAUUCUUCACUAAAUAUCUUAAUGCUCAUGGCCAUUGUUCACUUUAAAAAUACAGAGAUUCUUGUAUUGCCUUUUACUGCAAAAACUUUUUUUAUUGGCAAGCAAUAAAAAAGUCGAGCGCGCUGUCUUACGGACAGCUCUUGUUAAUAUUUCUACUUCUGAUGAUUUUUAGUAUCUUUAUGUUAACUGAAUAAAGGUAGAAUAUUUUUAUAGGAUUAUAAUUAUGAUCUUUUGUACUGUGACGCAGCAUUAAAUAAAAAAGAAAUACAAAAAAUUAGAUUUUUUUUUCAGACAUACCUUUCAUUAAUCAGCCUUUGAAAGGACCUUCAAUAGGGAAAUAAAUCAAAUUCAAGGACAGCUAACUGGAAACAAGGUCAUGGACCCAAAUUGUUUCCUCUUAAAUGUUUCUGCUAUCAUAUUUUUAACUUGUGCAAAGUUUGAACAGAUCAUGUGCGACAGUUUUCAUUUUAUCUAUAGAUCUCUUUGAAUCUUAAGAAACUAACAGUUAUAAGAAAUGAGUCUGCUGUUGACAUUAGCAAAUUUGUUAUCUCCCAACAUCUAACAUAGUACUUCUUUAAAUUCAGAUACCAUAACUAGAAAACCUAUGGUUGACAAUAUUGGUCAUUCAAAGUCAUUGAAAAUACCAUAACCACCAACAACACACACACUUUUGCCAUAAUUUUAUAAAAUGUAUUCAAAUCUUGUUUGAUACUUGUUUUAGAUGUUACAUGAUAUAUCUUAUUUGUACCUGAAAUUAUAUUCUUACAUUUUGAUAAAAAUAAAUGCUGCAUCAUUA